GGUGAGCGUAAAGGAACAAACAAAUAUUAUCCCCCGGAUUUCAAUCCGAAAAUACACAAAAACCUCAAUGCCUACCAUGGAACACAUGCCCUUCGUGAACGUGGAAGGAAAGCCGACCAAGGCAUUCUUACUAUCCGAUUUGAAAUGCCUUUUAAUUGCUUUUGUCUCACGUGUAAAAAUCCCAUUGGCAUGGGAGUGCGGUAUAACGCGGAGAAAACGAAAGUGGGCAUGUAUCACUCAACGCCCAUCUACAAAUUUACAAUGCCUUGCCAUUUGUGCGCCGGAACGAUAGUUAUUCAGACAGAUCCGCAAAAAUUUGAUUAUGUCAUUCUGGAGGGCGCUCGAAGAAAAAAUCAGAAAUGGGAUCCCGAAGAAAAUGAACAGGUCGUCAUUGCAGUGGUGGACCGCAUAGGCGUUCAACAGAUCAGGCUUGGUAAACUUGCUUUGGAUGCUAUGUACCAUUUGGAGCACGAUGAAAAAGACAAAACAAAAGCAAGCAGUGUUGCCCCAGCCAUCCAUCAAUUGGAGGUCGAUCGUCAAACCCUAAAAGACGAUUUCCUGCUUAACCAGUUAGCUCGAAAACGUUUCAGGGUAAGUCAGUUUCGCCCACCUUUGUUCCUCACGGUUGUGGUUUGA